AUGGCUGCUUCCAGCAAUUGCUCAAUCCUCUUCGUGAUCAUAGCAUUAUUGUCCUUAUCAAGCAUAUCGACAAGUCAUGCUGCUCGUAGCCUACUGCAACUUCCUAACUUGCCUACGAUCCCAUCAUUGCCUCAGCCAACAAUGCCACAAUUGCCAAAUAUUCCCAACUUACCUACAGCAAUGCCACCAUUGCCAAGCGGUGCAUCUUUGCCUACAUUGCCCUCUGUACCGAAAAUGACUCUGCCACCAAUGCCUGCCAUUCCCAACAUGCCCUCACUUCCAAGUAUUCCCACAAUUCCUACACUUUCACCUCCUCCAUCCAACUAA